CUGAAAAAAAGAAGAAGAGAAUAUCAAAUCGAAUGUGCAAGUGAUGUAAAAAUUCUAAAAUUGUGUGAUUUUUUAAAGUAAAUAUAUUUCAUUACGUAAUCAACAAUAAUAAAAAUCUGCUUAGACUAUUGAUACAGAAAUGUGUUGAAAAUUCAGAACUAUUUAAAAACAAACGAAACCUGAAAUCAUCCGUCAAUGUCAAGGCAAUAAGUUCGAGGUGAAUCUUGUGUUAUUUUUAACCAAAAUUAUAUAUAUACCUCUUGAAGAUAAUAUCAAAUUUGCAUUGACAACUGGUUCAACUUGGAAUGUGCUAGUAAAUGCUGAAUGUGAUUUCAUUUCCGAACACUGAGUAGCACGCAUGAUAUGGCAGCUUUUGUAAACCGCACAAUUUCUAUGAUGUCGGGCGACGGACCACACAAUGUGUCUCCAGUUCCCGUUAGGGCUAUUCUUACCGAUAGGGGAGUGAGGGUUCCUCUUGAUAAUUCUCCCUUGCAGAUUUUCGUCAAGGCCAAGAAGAAGAUCAAUGAUAUUUUCGGAGAGAUCGAGGAAUAUGUCAAAGAUACUGUGGAAUAUAUGCACGAAAUCGAAAAAAACGAGAAAAUAGUUAAUGGCGAGAAAGUCAAGGAAAUCGAAGAAUUCGUCAACAAAGUACACAGCAUCAGAGACGUUCUCUGCAGAGAUCAUAUGAAAGUAGCCUUCUUCGGAAGAACAUCCAAUGGCAAAAGUAGCGUAAUAAACGCCAUGCUCCGCGACAAAAUACUACCCAGCGGUAUUGGGCACACCACAAAUUGCUUCUUACAAGUGGAAGGAUCCGCUUCGGAGGAGCCGUACGUGAUCCUAGAAGGCUCUGAUAAACGUUGUGCCAUAGAAUCCGUGGGCCAACUGGCGCAUGCCCUAUGUAAAGAAAAAUUGAGCGAAUCUUCCCUAGUCAGGAUAUUCUGGCCUAAGGAUAGGUGCCUUUUGCUCAGAGACGAUGUGGUCUUUGUAGAUUCCCCUGGAGUUGACGUCACGCCUAAUUUGGACGAGUGGAUAGACAAACAUUGUCUGGAUGCUGACGUUUUCGUUCUGGUCGCAAAUGCUGAAUCUACCCUCAUGGUUACGGAAAAGAACUUUUUUCACAAAGUGUCAACAAAAUUGUCCAAACCGAAUAUUUUCAUUCUCAACAACAGAUGGGAUGCAUCUGCCUCUGAACCUGAGUUUUUGGAUCAGGUGAGGAGACAGCAUCAAGAAAGAGCCGUUGACUUCCUUGUGAAAGAGCUAAAAGUGUGCACUCAAAAAGAAGCCGAAGAAAGGAUUUUCUUCAUUUCUGCCAAAGAGGUUCUCCAGGCACGAAUGCACGAAGCCAACAAAUCUCCCCUGCCUCCUACCGAAGGCUUCCAAACCAGGUGGUUUGAAUUUCAAGAUUUCGAAAAGAAAUUUGAGGAGUGCAUAUCAAUAUCUGCAGUCAAAACGAAGUUUGAGCAGCAUUCGCAAAGGGGAAAAUAUAUUGCAAACCAAUUACGAGACAUAUUAGAAGGGGUAUACAACGACGCUCUGCAACUAAAAGAAGAAAAACUGAAGAAGCGCAAAGAACUCAACGACAAAAUCAACUACACCGAGCAACAGCUCAUGGUCGUCACCCAGGAAAUGAAGAAGAAAAUCCACAACAUGGUAGAAGACGUGGAACACAGGGUCUCGAAGGCUCUGAACGAAGAAAUUCGCCGUCUAAGUACUCUCGUUGAUGAAUUCAACUUGCCCUUCCAUCCGGAACCUCUGGUGCUGAACGUCUACAAGAAAGAACUUCACGUGCAUGUAGAAACUGGUCUAGGGUCGAAUUUGAGGGCGAGACUCUCCACCGCGUUGGCUUUGAAUAUGGAGGCCAGUCAGAAGGAGAUGACAGAAAGGAUGGAAAUGCUCAUUCCAGACAAGAACAAGGUGGCGAGUAAUGUAAUCUUGCCCAGACGGCAACCGUUCGAGAUACUGUACCGUUUGAACUGCGAUAACUUGUGUGCCGAUUUUCAAGAAGAUUUGGAGUUUAGGUUCUCAUGGGGUAUAACUUCCCUCAUCCAAAAAUACGCAGGCAGCGGUGCCAACUUUUUGGCUCUCAAAUCGAAACGGGAGAGUCCGCACAAUUCUGUUAUGCCUUCCAGUCCUACGGAUGUCGUAGACGGCAGGAUGAUGUACCCUGCCGUUGGCAUCGACGAUUGGUCGUUGCUGUCGAGAAUAGCGAUAAUGGGUGCUACGUCGCAGGGAACGAUGGGCUGCCUGCUCGUGGCAGGUUUCCUCUUCAAAACUAUCGGAUGGAGAGUGGUGGCAGUCACAGGUGCUGUCUACGGUGGUCUAUAUCUGUAUGAACGCUUGACGUGGACGAACAAAGCCAAAGAGAAAGCUUUCAAGAAACAAUACGUCCAGCAUGCCACCAGGAAACUUCGAAUGAUCGUCGAUCUAACGUCUGCCAACUGCAGCCACCAAGUUCAGCAGGAACUGAGCGGUACCUUCGCCAGGUUGUGCCACGUUGUUGACGAGGCGAGUGACGACAUGGAUAAACAACUGAAGGGGUUGGAAGCUGAAGUUAGUGUAUUGGAAAAAGCCGGAGGCAAUGCAAAAGUCCUCAGGAAUAAGGCCAACUACCUAGCGCACGAGCUAGAGCUGUUCGAGAAUGCCUACUUGAAACUACACCACCACUAGUGCCGGUGGAGAACCCUCCGUAUUAGUUGAAUAUAUUUUAAUUCGUUAGCCGGGCCGCGCGUAUCCAGCUAUCCGAACUUUCAACUAUUUAUUACGUUCUGUAUUAUCUUCAACUGAUUCGCAACACUUUCGAGAACCUGGAUGAGCGCGGCUUCACAUUUGUGAUAGAUUUAACAUUGUAUUAAGCUCCUACACUCGAUUCUAUACAGAAUUUUAUAUCAUUUAACGGAACAGUUUACCUUGAUUAUUUUCCGGCCUGGUCCGUAAGAGGUUUUAUUUAUUGUUUGCGAGACUUUCGGCCAUGAAAUAUAUAUAUACAUACACAUUUUGGUCUGUCGGAUUUUUGACUGUUUCUUUGAAGCGAUUACAUUAUAAUUUUCAGGAAACAAAUCAAGCUUGAGUUCCGAUUGUGGAUCGGAAUCGGUCCACACUGUGAGCAGAUGAUUAUGAUAACUUGUUGUUAGUGUACAUAUUAAUAAAACAAUAAUGUUGUU